AAUCAAAUCAGUUUGAUUUGGUCGUGCCACAAAAGAUCACUGAAAUUUUCCAAAUACGUCCGAUAUAAUUGAGCCAGCGGCAUCGUGUGCUAAUCGCGAUAAUCAAGCAAAGGUGCAAAAAAUUAAAAUUAACAAAGAAAAAAUAAGAAAAGAAUUUGAAAAUAUUUUAGUGAUUCGCAGCAGCAUCCUUUUUUGAGUGUUUUUGCAGUGUUUCGUGGAGAAUUAUCCUUUUCUCGAUUUACUCGUUUUUUUGUGAGAGUGCUUUUUUUUGGAGAGUUCCAAAAAUUCUCUUCGAAAUCCUUGCAAAAUAUAGACCGGGUAUAGGUUUUUCCUGUGACAUUUGUUUUGAACCUGCGCAGUAGUUCCUGUCACAAGAUAUAAAGAAGAUAUAUUAUAUCAUUCGAGACCUAAACAAACUUCUCGGUGGCAGUUAAAUCUUCAAACCAACCGACAUCUUAAGGUGUGCUUAAAUAUUAAAUAAUUUCUUAUCCUUUCUACGUAAGAUUUGGGGUCUAUAUUUCCCCCCUUCGUUCGUCGGUAACCACAAAAAUAGUUAUAAACUGCGUUUAGAAUAUUCUCAGCCAGAGCAGGAAUAGAAGUGACAUAGCCAGUGCUCAACUGCAUUUUAGCUGGGAAAACAAAAAAACGAACAACGACAACAGAAAAAGCAGCCACCAACAAUUCUCUCAGCCAUUGAAACAUAACCACAGGCAAGUUUCACAGCUCCCAGAUUACGUUGUGAGGAAACGGGGGCUCGAAACGAAGUAGCUUCCACCCGCCACAAGAACUUGCUAACCCACAAUUUACUACGCCAUUACCAAACAACUUGCUGGUCAGGCAACCAGCAGCAGUAUCAUCAUCAUCCUCAUUGUCAUUGUGUAGUGAAUUUUUUCCCAUAUUUUUGUUUGGCGAUUGGGUUGUUCGCCUGCCCAACCGAAGAUUUAACUCAUUUUCCCGAAAAUAACCAAAAAAAAAACAUGAAUCUAGUAAUAGCAUCCAUGCUUUUGUUGGCCAUGUUGGCAUUUCAGCCGACAUUGAUUUAUGGCGCCAAGAAGAACAUAGCCUCAGCUGGCAAAAGCAACCGAAAUCCGGCCAGCAGCCUUAAUACGGAACGUAAAAUAAAAUCUUCUAAACACGGAAAGAGGCACUCAAGCGAGGCAUUCGAGGGGCCGUUGUAUUCGCCCGCAUUGUUGGCCUCAUCGAAAUUGGUUUUGUCCCUGGGAUCGGGUGAUGUUUUGGUGCGUGCAGCACGUGGUGCCGCUGCUGCUGCUGCUUCGGCAGAUAAACAAAAUCCAACACCAGUAAUUGCUACGGGCAGCAGUAACAAUGGCGGUGGUGGAGGCAAAAGACAAAGGACUGGCAAUGGUAAAAAAUCCAAUAGGAAUUCAGCCGUACGUGAAAAUAGACAAGCCUCGUCGGAAUCAUUAUCCCCCUCGAAUGGUGGUCGCAAACAUUUGGAUAAGAAAUUCUCCCUCGCAACGGGAUUAAAUGCUGGCACCGAUCAACAAGCGGGUGGCGGCGGCGGCAAGGGAAAACAACAACGUCAAAUGUUGAAAUCACAAAAUCAUCAGAGAAAACGUUCCGGAAACAAGGCGAUUCGAGAUGAGGCCAAUGCAGGUGAAAGUGACAAGACACCCAGCUGCCGUUAUGCCAAGAGCGAUUGGAGCGAAUGUGAUGCCAAGACUAAUACCCGCUCCCGUACUUUGAAUUUGAAGAAGGGAGAUGCCAGCUGUCAACCCGUUCGGACAAUGGAAAAGAAAUGCAAAAAAUCUUGCCGUUAUGAAAAGGGUGCCUGGUCAGAAUGUAUUAAUGGUCAAAUGACGCGCGAGGAUAAAUUGAAAUCAACAGGCGGCAAUGAGUCGUCGUCCAGCUGUGAGGCUGUGCGUAGCAUCAACAAAAAAUGUAAUCCCAAUAAUAAUGGUGGCGCCGGCGGCAGUGGCGGCAAACAAGCUAAUGGCAGUGGUAAAAAGGAACGCAAAAAUAAGGACAAAGGUUCCCGGCGCAACCAGGCGGCUCAGCAGCAACAGGCACAUCAGCAACAAUCAUAAAUUUCAAAGAUUUAACAAAAUUUGAGCGGAUGAAAAUUAAGCCCAGUUAUGGUAUUUCUUUGCACAAAUUUAACGGAGAAUUUUCCACAGUACCAAUAAGGACAAAAAUUAAUAUCUGCCUGGGUCUUGUAAUAAGUUAAGAUGUAAUGGAACAAAUCUUAAUUUGUUUUUUUUUUUCAUAUUUGAAAUUAGUUAAAAUUACAACCAUUUACCGUUUUCAUUGGCUUCAAAGAAAAACUUUACCACAAUUUCAAUUAGUAUUAGAAAAGUUACACGAGAACACUGUUAAACAAGGCAAACACUUAUUUUCCACUCCUAUUCAUUUUCUAAGGAGAAAUUAUAAAAAAAAUACCUAAUAAAAUUUAUUAAAUUUAUUCCAACGUCCACAAAAGUUUGGUGUAAUGGUGUUCCACUGUAGAUCGUAAAAUACAUAGGUUAUAAUCAUAAACAAAUUAUAUAAAUUUUUUUAAAACACUUGAUUUGAAAUUUAUUUUUUUUUUGUAAGUAGUUAUAAGCCAAUCGGAAACUGGACAAAUCAAGUCCAAGUUUUAUUUUACUUAUAUGAAAACAACAAAAAUAUAUACCUACCUAUUUUUAUAAAAAUUCUCUAUAAAUAAAGUGGUUUAGUAACUGAGAA